GGGGCCAGAAAGCCGGAAGUGGCGACGGAACGGGCACGUGAGGAGUGGUGGAACCAUGGCCCGGGGACCGGGACCGGGACGGGGACAGGGACAGAAACCGGCCCGGGGACCGCGACAGAAACUGGGACCGGGAGCGAAACAGGGACAGAGACCGGGAUCGGGACCGAAACAGGGCCGGGGACCGGGACUGGGACUGGGAAAGGGACAGAAGGCGGGACCGGGACAGGGACGGAAAGCGGGGCUAGGACAGAAAGCGGGACCGAGACCGGAACAUGGACCGGCCGUGCCGCUGCGUAGCAGGAAGGAGAAGAAGGACAACAUGAAGCCCAAACACCCUGAUGAGCAGGAGAUCCCGUUCCGCCUGCGGGAGCUCAUGCGGAGCCGCGAGGCCCUGAAGCGCCCGGGCCCUGGGAAGAGGCAGGUGGCAGAGAAGAAGCAGCAGCAGAAGUGCCAGGGCCCCAAGGCCCCGGGGGACGUCCCUGUGCCCAGGUUCCGGAGGGGCAGGGGGGAGUCAGAGCGCUCCUACAUCUGCCGCAUGGAGCAGGAGGUGCAGCGCGUGCUCUUCCUCGCGGAGAACCAGCCUCAGAGGGAGCCUGAGAAGGAGGCCACGGCUCCAGAGAAAUCCAAAAGGAAAAAAGAGUUUCAGAAAAGGAAGCUGGAAAAAGCUCGGAAGAAAAAGGAGGAGAAGAAGGACGCCCUGCUGGAGAAGAGCCUGAUGCAAGACACAGUGCCCUUCGGAGAGGUGGUGACACAGCCCCCCACCAUCACCUCACGGCCCAGGGGACGGGGUCCUGCCGAGCAGGCUGGACGGAAGCAGCUGCUCCUGACGCCUCGCCUGGGCCAGGGCCAGGCGUCCCCGGUGUCCCCGGUGUCCCCGGUGGUGUCGAUGGCUCGCCGGCGCAUCCUGGAGGAGGAGCGGGCCCGCGUCAUCCGCGCCUACCGGGACAUCCAGAGGCGCAAACAGCUGGAGCGGGAACGCGCCCGGGCCGGGCCAGGCUGAGGCCCUGGGACUCGAGGGGGACAUUGUCUUGGUGCCCCUGUGUCACUGCUGAGCCCCACAGCUCCGCACUGCCCAGCUCAGCACUGCACUGGGUCCCUGCUGUGCCGUGGACCUGCUUGGAGUAAAAGGUGCUGGUGGUGUGA